AUGGACAGAGGCGGGCCCCCCGCGCGGCGCCUUCGGCUGCUGCUGCGGCUGGGCUCCUGUAGGCCGUCUCGCGUGCCGUCGUCUUCGACGCCGGUGGUUGCUGCGCCGGUAACGGGCCCGUCCCGGCUCCCGGCCGCCGAUCGAUGGAACUGGCUGCUGCUGCUGCUGCCGACGGCCGCCGCUUCCCGCGCUUCGUCGUGCCCGCUGCCGCCGCGUGCCACGUGCCCCGCGCCAGAAGCCAAUCCGCGUCCGCCGACCGGCUCGGGAACGUCACGCGGGAGCCGAAACAGCCGCUGCCAAUGCCUCACCGACGAGUUUCUCGUGGACCGGCACUCAGCCGUGGACGAGACCUUCGGCCAGUUGCACCUCAACACCCACUACGUGCUCUCGGUCAACGGCUUCCUCAACGCACUGCAGGUGUUGGCAGGCCUGGGCAACUUCUUCACGUACAUGAUCUUCGGCGUGGGCUCCAAGUCGCAGCACUUCCUGUACGCCUGCUGCUUCGGCUACUCGGUCAACGGGCUCCACUUCCUGGUCACGGGGCUCAGCUCGCAGCACGUCGCUGAAGUACUGCCCAUCACCAUCUACUACAAGGUGUUCCAGGCGAGCGCGAUGAGCAUGUACUUCCUGGGGUCGGUGGCCGUGAUGACGUACGACCUCCCCAACAUGCCUGACUCCUUCUGUGGAAUGGCCACAGGAAUGUUCACCGGCCUGCUUCACCUGGUGCACCUCAUCUACGUUUUGAUCUACGUACCAUCACCAUGAUAUCGCUAGCUUCUACCCAUAUGCAUAUUUCACGCGCGCAAUCUCGCUUCAUUUCUUUUAGUACUGAAUGUCAUUAAACUA